UGACAACAUGGUUAUAUAUUGUAAGAUUGGCAUUCUCUUCAUCUUUGAUGAUUAAUGUGUAGUUGAAACAGUGCUGCGUGCAUCCAUGGCUGCAGGGUCAGGUCCAGCAGAAAGGUCCCUUGAGCAAACCUCCACAUGGGCCGUCGCCAUAGUCUGCGCGGUUUUCGUCAUCAUAUCCGUCGCUAUAGAACAUGGAAUUCAGUCUCUUGGGAAGUGGUUUCAAAAACGCGAGAAAAAGGCGAUGUUGGAAGCCCUGGAAAAGAUCAAAGCAGAACUGAUGCUGCUGGGAUUUAUAUCGUUACUUCUUACGGUUGGCACGACAUACAUCGCGAAGAUUUGCGUGUCUAAGGAACUUGGUGACAAAUGGCUCCCGUGCGAUACGGGCUUGAAAAAUGGUGGAGGCAGCGGCGAUGAUGAUGACGACGACGACGGUAAAGGCAAAAAAGGCCACAGGAAAUUGCUUUCAUAUGCUCAAGAAAUGGUGUGGCGUCGAGCUUUGGCUGCUGGAAAUGAUCAGUAUGACUAUUGUUCUGCAAAAGGGCAAGUAUCACUCAUAUCAUACUCUGGAGUUCACCAGUUGCACGUUUUCAUAUUUGUGCUUGCGGUGAUGCAUGUUCUCUACAGUGUUAUUCUCGUCAUGUUAGGCCAUGCCAAAAUGAAGAAGUGGAAGGCAUGGGAACUGGAGACCUCUUCUUUGGAAUAUCAGUUCACAAAUGAUCCAGCAAGAUUUAGGUUUGCUCAUCAAACCUCCUUUGUGAGGCGUCAUUCUGGAUUCUACACUACUCCUGGCCUCAAAUGGAUUGUGGCAUUUUUCAGGCAGUUUUUUGGAUCAAUAUCUAAGGUGGAUUAUAUGACCAUUCGUAAUGGAUUUAUUAACGCUCAUUUCGCUCCCAAUACCAAGUUCGACUUCCACAAAUAUAUAAAAAGAUCAAUGGAAGAUGACUACAAAUCCGUAUUGGGAAUAAGCAUCCCUUUGUGGAUCUUUGCGGUAAUGUUCUUGUUCUUCAAUAUCUACAAAUGGCAUACAUUGGCAUGGAUUUCAUUAAUUCCACUAAUUAUAAUUUUGUUAGUGGGCACCAAACUGGAACUUGUGAUCAUGGAGAUGGCUCAACAAAUUCAAGAUCGAGCGACUGUUGUUAGAGGAGCUCCCCUUGUGGAGCCCACCAACAACUUCUUUUGGUUCAAUAGACCACAAUGGAUUCUUUUCCUCAUACAUUUCACUCUAUUUCAGAACGCAUAUCAAAUGGCGUACUUCUUAUGGAAAUGGUAUGAGUUUGGGAUCACAACAUGCUUCCAUGAGAAACUGUUUGCAAUUAUGAUCAGAGUUUGGUUGGGCGUUGCCCUUCAAAUCUUGUGCAGCUACAUCACAUUCCCCCUCUACACCUUGGUAGGUAAGAUGGGAUCACAUAUGAAGAAAUCAAUAUUUGAGGAACAAACCGCAAAGGCUCUAAAGAAAUGGCACCAAGCUGCUAAGCAGAGGAAGAAAAUGCGCAAAGCCGGAGGCGGAACCGAUACGUCUAACGCCGGAUUCAUGAGCGGGGAAACCACCCCAACUCAAGGGUCGUCACCUCUCCAUCUGCUCCACAAGUACAAGCACCGGUCGAGUGCACCCGAUACUGACAGCCUUCCUCCCUCCCCGAGGUCUUAUGCAUCCGACACCGAACUUUCAGAACUUGAUGCUUCAAAUCAUGGCAAACGAGAAACAACGUUUGAUGCCUCACAAUUAAAAGAUGACGAAUCUCAUAACAUCGAUUUUUCGUUUGUGAAGUCUAGUGAAUGUUGAUAAGUAGCACUAAUAUAGACAUUGCUCAUUCUUUUCAAAUACCUGUCCUAGCUCAUCCAUAUAUGUAGCAUAAUAAUCACACUUACACUUAAUUCUGGUUGAGAUAUA